CGCAAGCGAACGCCCGAUUCCUCGCCGGAUCCGCGGGCGCAACCACUGGAGAAGUCUCCAGCGGCGCAUACAAACAUAGCGAGCGCUUCAUAGCUGCACAACACACUGCAAGACUCCUAUUGGGGUCCCCAAAAAGCUGCCUGCCCUUUCCUGAGGUUUCUGUCGUGAGCGAGAGCGACAAAUGGGCCGCCCCUUCAAGCAAUACCUGAGCGGGCCUCGUGUCUACAGCUGUGCCAAUUGCAGGGCGCACGCGGCGGACCACGAGGACAUCAUCAGCAAGGCCUUUCAGGGCCGUCAUGGCCGUGCUUACCUCGUGAAUUCGGCCAUCAAUGUCACCGUGGGGCCGAAGGAAGAGCGGGUGCUCAUAACCGGGCUGCACACUGUCGCCGAUAUCUCGUGCUCCUCGUGCGGCAGCGUUCUGGGCUGGCGCUAUGAGCACGCGUUCGAGGAGAGCCAGAAGUACAAGGAGGGCAAGUACAUUAUCGAGAAGGCCAAGGUCAUGAAGGAGGGCAACUGGUGAAGUGUACAAUGGCGGAUUGGGGCGCGCGGACCUGCGACGGCAGAAGCCGCGGGCUUCCGGCGAAAGCCGCACCAACCACCGGCGCUCGGCAGCCCCCCCCCCCCAUCUGGGUCGGCUCCUUCAUCCUGACCGCCCAGCGCUGGCUGUAUCUUCAAGAGUUACCCGAAAGCAUCGACUCUGUAUUUUCUUACGCUUCAACGACUGGAUGGCCGCACGCGCUCUGCCUUUCGGCGGGCCUUGCAGCGCGGACAGGCAGAUUCGUGCGCGCGCACGAAGCAGGUUUUUCCCCGAUGGCACCGCUACGUAACUCUCACAUUUUGGGUUGGUGGUAGGCUUUCCUGCAGCUGAUAUAGCAUCACGUGACGAUUCAGGGCCGGGAGUGUGGUGGAUAGUGGGUGGGACGGGGCCUGCGCACGUGAGAUCUUCGCAACCUACCAAUUGCACGUUGCCACAGCCGUCUUUCCCUUAAACUUUUUGCGUUGUAUUGUUGGUCUUCUGUCGCUCAAUACUGCUGUGAACUCGUGCGUGUCUUUCAAAUCUGUAUGGGUGUUGCAAUUUGUUGAGUGCAAAGCCAGUCACAAACCUGGCGACGGGUAGGAGCUGCUUUUGGCGUGGGGGUGUUAGCUGAUGUGUGCGUGCCAGAACGCGGAUGACUGGCUGGCUGGUGGGUCGCUGGCUGGCUGGCAGCGCGUCAAAGGCGCCUAUGCGUAUCGAUUUGUUGUCUGGUGGGUGUUUAGCUGUAUUAGAUCUCAAAUUUGGUAGGUAGGGGCAGGGGCAGGGGGCAGGAACUUGUGUGGCAGCUGAGGGCGUCGUGGUGUCUUGUGGAUCGCCUGCUGACGACAGUUGGCGACUUGCGGCCACCGCAGCGCGCUUCAGCACCGUUGCGCUCGUUCGCUUAGGGAUGUUCCGACUGCAGAAGUGGUUAGAUGUUGGUAGGCAGGUGGAUCGGGGAUGGACACCGAAAGCAUUGAGAUGGGUGACCUAAUGAUUAAAAAGGCUGAGUUGUGCGAGACCACGAUGCACGAUGGUGCCUGUCGCGGCAGCCCGCAUGAGACAUACAGUGCUUGCGAGUGCUGUGCGCGUUCACGCCGGCAGAACAGACGUCUUCAUUAUGCGCGUGCGCUUCUGCUGAGCAGUGGUGGUGCUGCUGGGCGGAGUGCCUGUGCUGAGGCUGUGGCUGGGGCUGCUGCGGAGAAAUGGAGGGAGGCGAGCAGCAGUCAGGCUCAUUUACUGGAUUCAGGAGCUGCCACAGGGCAUGUGUGUUUCUGUGUGUCCGCUUGGUGUCAGGGCAUACGAGCACAUUUUGCUUUGGGGCGUGCCACGCAGCCACUGGGCGGAGGCGCGCGCAACCCAUUUCCAUUCUUUUGCACAUUCGAUACGGUAAUAUCCAAUCUGUCCUGAACCAGGAUGGCAAGAUUGAUGCGUGAGGGACGGAAGACGAGUUGGCAGGACGUUUGCUGGCAGGUGCAAGGUGUGAGCUUGGUUUGUCUGUGCAAGGGAAGGACGUGGUUGCUCAAAGCAUUUUAUGGUGCAGUCACGGUACGCCUCGCAGCCUCGCGCCAUCACAGGUGUGGGCAAUGCUUUGCGGGCAGACUGCUGUGUGUGGGGGUGGUUGCAAUAGUGAGACGGAUGUGUCUGAUUGUACCUGAUACAACUGUACACGUAUAUUAGCGGUGCUGAGCGGCACUUCGGCCGACCGUGAAUGGGGCCGGGCGCUCCCGUGGGCACGACCUCGCCUGGCCUGAGACAUGCGUUUAACGUGCAAUGCCUGCGGGAUAGAGGCUGUGUAAUAUAGAUGCACU